ACUGGUUCUCCGAACCACCCGCCGCCAUCGCUACUGGAUCGGGUGAUCCGGUCCGAACCGGGAGCAUUUCACCCCUGCUCUGAAUGUAGCCCUGGCGGUUUCAGAGGCUGAAAAAAAGCAUCAGAAACGAAACUUCAGAAAAGAAGCCCUCAAACAGAGCUUCAGAGGCUUUUUUUCUGAAGCUGUUUCAAAGGCAGAAAAAAAAGUUUUUUUUUCUGAAACAGAGUUUCAGAAGUUUCAGAGGCAGAAAAAAAAGCAAGGCACAGAGCUCACAACCAAGGAACCUGUUGCUAAAAUUCACCUCUAGGAACAGCUGAUUGGGGGUAUUCCGGGAGGCCGAUCCACCCGCCAAUCAGCUUUUUUCUUAUUUUCCUCCCCAAAAACUAAAGUGCGUCUUAUACUCCGAAAAAUACGGUAAUUCAGAAUAGAGAGAACGGACCUUGGAGGUCUUCUAGUCCAGCCCCCUGCUCAGGCAGGAGAACUUAGACCAUUUCAGAUAAGUGGCUGCCCAGUCUCUUCUUAAAAACCACCAGUCAUGGAGCACCCACAACUUCUGGUGGCAAGCUGUUCCACUGGCUGAUUGUCCUCACUGUUAGGAAGUUUCGCCUUAAUUCCAGGUUGCUUCUUUCCUUGAUUAGUUUCCAUCCGUUGUUUCUUGUCCUGCCUUCUGGUGCUUUGGAGAAUAAAUUGACCCCCCUCCUCUUUGUGAACUGUAGACUAAAGCACUGUAUGGAUGGCUUGAACAGUUGGCACUUAAGCUGUGGCUUCUUUUAUUCUUGGAUAAGCUACACGCAGCAUCCCCCAAGCCUUAAAACCUGGUUUGUCAGCUGCAAAUGCCUGGGUUCCCAGGCACUCCAACCCACCCCAGACCACAUUAGGAUUUGGUGUGUUGGGUGAACCAUCCUCGAAUGGCAUGGGAUCCUAGUCCAGAAUCCAGAGUUUCCCCGGGCAUUGAAAGGCUGAACCACGAGGAGAGAGAUCCAGAUUCAAGUCCUGUUAUUAGAAAGGGGGAGACAAAUAAGAGGAGGGGGUCGCUCUCCAUCAGCCUGAUAGCCAGGUUCCCUUUUGCACCUAAGUCUUCUGCUUAAUGGCCCUGCCAGGUUCUGCUUUUAGCUGGGUGAGCCGUCUUAAUUAGGAAAAGAACAGACUGUUUCAGCAGGUGGGGGCUAAGAAGGGCUAUGGGAGACUACAGCCCCCCCCCCCCAGUUUGGAAUUCUAGGUGGGUUUUCCUUGUCAGGGUGCUAAUUAAUCCCAUUCUGCUUUUGGGUAAUUGCACCUUGAUUUAGAGAAGUGGAUCGAGACCUUUCCUUGAAGUAUACAUUAAGAAAAUAAACCCGAAGAUAUAUUUUCUAAGAAAAACUUAUUUAUUUGUUAUAAAGAAAAUAAAACAUCCCACUAGUCUAAUUAAUUACAUUUUGGCAACGUUCCUGCCGGCCACCUCUCCUGGUCGGACCUCCUGGCAGGAGAACAAAGAAAGUAAGAAGAAAGUGAAAGAAUGUAGACAUGCGCAGUAUCAGUUACUGAUAAGAACUUGGCAAGCUACGAUAAGUCUGAAAGUCCAAAAAUAAUAACUCAUCUGGUAAAUACAAAAACGCAGUGACAUUCCUAACUUACAUUUACAUGAGACGUGAUUGUUGUUGUAGCAUGUCAGUAAGAUAGACAGAGCUAUGAGUAGUUAGGAGUGGACACCACCAGGAGAUUCCAUGGCUGCAGCCUAGAGUAGGAAUUUGUAGAAGCGUUAACGGAAUGACAGAGUCUAUGGAAGGGACCUUAGAGGUCUUCUAGUCCAACCCCCAGCUCAGGCAGGAGAUUUGAUUUUAAGAAACUUUAUCUGAAGUAAGAGAUAUGAACCCUGGUGGUGCGAUGACUAGAAUGGAGGAAUCCAGGCUAAUCUCUGCUGACUGCCAGGAGUUCGAUCCUGACCGGCGGCAUGGUUGACUCAGCCCCCCAUCCUUCCAAGGGAGGUGUCUGUGUCAACCUGACGAAAAUGGACCAAAUUUCGGAGCUUAACCCUGAAGAUUUCACGGUUGCUGUAGAGGCAGGAGUGACGCGGAAGGCACUGAACAAAUACUUGCGAGGGAACGGUCUCUGGUUCCCUGUCGACCCCGGGGCCGACGCCUCGCUUUGUGGCAUGGUGGCCACUGCAGCCUCCGGGACGAACGCGGUGCGUUAUGGCACCAUGCGGCAGAAUGUCCUCAACUUACAAGUGGUCCUGCCAGAUGGGAGAAUCCUGCACACAGCCGGGCAGAGCCGGCGGCCCAGGAAAAGCGCUGCUGGAUACCACCUAACGGGGCUGUUUGUGGGCUCGGAGGGGACCUUGGGGUUCAUCACCCAGGCCACGCUGAGACUGCAUGGUAUUCCUGAGGCCACCGUGGCAGCCAUCUGUGCCUUCCCCAACAUCCGAGCAGCUGUGGACAGCACCGUGCAGGUUCUCCAAGCCGGGCUCCCCAUUGCCCGCAUUGAGUUCCUGGAUGAGGUGAUGAUGGGGGCCUGUAACCGCUACAGUGGCCUGAGCUAUGCAGAACUGCCCACCCUCUUCCUGGAGUUCCACGGCAGUCAGCAGAGCGUGGAGGAGCAAGUAGGGGCAACAGAGGCGAUUCUGCAGUCCAACGGGGGCUCGGAUUUUGCGUGGGCCCGGGAACCGGAGGCCCGUGGGCAGCUCUGGGCAGCUCGACACAAUGCUUGGUAUGCAGCUUUGGCUCUUCGUCCCGGCAAAAAGGGCUACUCCACAGACGUGUGUGUCCCCCUCUCACGCCUCCCUGAGGUCCUGCUAGAAACCAAGAAAGAUUUGCUGGACUCCAACCUUACAGGUCCUCUUGUUGGCCACGUUGGGGAUGGCAACUUCCACUGCCUGCUGGUUCUUGAUCCUGAAGACGUGGAAGAAAAGGAGAGGGCGGCUGAGUUUGCCAAACGCCUGGGCAGGAGAGCCUUGGCAGUGGGUGGCACCUGCACGGGGGAGCAUGGCAUCGGCCUGGGCAAACGUCAGCUUUUGCGCGAGGAAGUAGGAGAAGUGGCCCUCUCCACCAUGCGGCAGAUCAAGAUGGCCUUGGAUCCCAAAAACCUCAUGAACCCUGGAAAGGUGCUCUAACCACAGGAAGCCUUGGCUGGGAGACGCUCCUGAAUCUGCUUUCCUUGCCGGAGAAGUCCGGAGUGAGGCGUCUUCGCUUUUAUCUCCUCUUUCCAGCAGAGUCAGAAAUACAACAAUUAACCAAAGUCAGGUGUUGUGGUUGUUCUCCAGAGGUGCCUACAACGAACACCUCAUACUAAACUAUGUUUAAUUCUAGUCUGCUGAAUAAACAACGGUUGGCUGGA